AUGGCUUCCGCGUUAUCCCCCCGUUUCCAACAAGUCUUUCCGCCUCCCAUGGACGAUGUGUACAUGGAUCAGAUGGAUCUGAAAACCCUCUACCGUUUCUCUUGGACUUGCAAGGAGCUAAACGACCGCGUUUCAGGCUAUAUGUGCCGCGCCUUCCGUCCCAAAAAUUUAUUUGCUCCUAUCUUCAAACCCAAUGAACAUUUGCUGUUUCGUCUUCUCCAGUUCAAGACUGGCCUGGUUAUUUCAGGUUCCACCGUUUUGCAUUUUACUUGUUUUAGUGGUCCAACGCAAAGCGUGGCAUGA